CCGAAAAUGGCCCCAAAAUUAUAGGUUAGCCUAUUUACUUCUAACAUGAUUAGAUUUUGAAUCAGUUUUAGUACAUUUUCUCUAUUUGUGAGUGUCGGUCGUCGGAGUCGGAAAAUGGACAUGGUCGAAUAUAUGAAACAGCCGGAACUGGUUGCGAAAAUUCAAAAUUACUUUGGUGUUAGAACAGAAAAGGCAAACAAAGACUCAAAAAUUGAAGACCUAGUGACCAACAAAUACUGGUAUUAUUUAUUCGUUUUUGGAACGGCCCUUGGAGAUGAAUUAUUUUAUACCAGUUUCAUCCCAUUCUGGUUUUGGAAUGUUGAUGGGGCUGUUGGUAGGAGGGUUGUCCUUGUGUGGGCCAUUGUUAUGUAUAUCGGGCAGGGCAUAAAAGAUAUCCUUCAGUUGCCCAGACCAGGCCCACCAGUAGUCCGUCUCCAGAACAAAUGGGCUAUGGAAUAUGGCAUGCCAUCAACCCAUGCAAUGGUGGGAGUGUCAAUUCCAUUUUCUGUUUUAUUGUAUACCAUGGAUAGGUACCAAUAUGAUUUUUUCACAGGGUUGAUAAUUGCUGUAAUUUGGUGCAGUGUUAUAUGUAUCAGCCGGUUAUAUUUAGGGAUGCAUUCAGUAUUGGAUAUUGUGGUUGGAUUGGGUUUAGCAAUAUUGCUGAUGUUUCCUUUGGUGCCUUUGGUUGACUAUUUGGAUAAUUAUUUCUUAACCAAUCAAACUGCCCCAAUUUUAUUGCUCGUCAUGUCUAUUUUAAUGAUUGUAUAUUAUCCAAAUAGUGGAAAAUGGACACCAACCAGGGGAGACACCACAAUGAUCCUGUCAGUUUGUGUAGGCCUACACAUUGGAGCCUGGUUGAACUAUCGCACCGGCAAAAUGACACCCCCCGGACUUCAACCUCCAUAUGCCAUAAUGUGGCCCUCUUACACCAUGAUUGGUUGCAUACUGUUGCGAACUGUCAUAGGAUUCGCCGGCGUCCUGGUGACUAGGGCGCUGUUAAAGAAGUGGUCUUACAAUUUUAUCUGCACCUUGCUGAAACAAGACGCCGACAAUAUUAAGAAGUCAGAGAAUACGCUCCAAAACAAGCACAAGACGAUUGCCGAGUUGGGGUGCAAGUAUAUUACUUGUGCCGCCAUCGGUUUUAACAUUAUUUACUUUCUACCUCAGAUGUUCAGGUUGAUGAGGCUCGAACGGCCUACGUUUUUUACGGAGAUCUGAUAAUUGUUUUGGAUCCCAUCUCGAUUUUCAUUUGCAAGAUCUGCAAGAUUUUUAUGGGCUGUUGCAAACUGUUCCUGUGAGGUGGUCUUUCAUUAAGAACAUAUCAUUUUUAGACAAUACUUAGUCAAUUAAAGCUUGUUGUAGGUACUACAAUUGUGAUUUUUAUCUGGCCUUAUUAACUUAUUUCAAUAUUAUGUGCAAAUACAUUUGCGUUUUAAUCUGUAGUCUGGAAUCUAGUCAUGAGACAUUUGCGGCAGUCCUCUACAUAUCUGUUUUUGUUAUUUACCUUUUUUGCGAGAUUGGGAUUCUAGUUGCUUUUAUUUUAUACAAUUCUUAAGAUACUAAAUUUUCUGAUCUGCUGUAAAUAUCGCAAAUAAAACGUUUCUGUCAUAUGCUAGAGUAAGACAUUUCAUAUUUGCACAUAUAGCAAUGAUAUCAAAACACGUAGUUUUUUUACUUUGUUGGUCACUUUUUCGGAAAAUUUUAUGACGACGAAAAUUUUCAAUUAACUUUCUACGUUAUGAAUAAUGUAAAUGCAUUCGUCCAGUUUUAUGUAUUAUAUAAAAAUUUUUUUCCAUUCCUAUAAGUGAAAAUGUAGGUAUUUUUGUUAAGUUUGAUAAUAAUUUAUUUAACUGAUUGUAUACGCUUGUAUAAAUAAUCAAAAUCAUUUAAGAAUCUCAAACAAUUAAAAGUGGGUGUUAUAAUGAAACCUAGCUGUGCUUGUUUGAUAAACUGUUUGUGUUUAUUUAUACAAGAAUGUGUAUUUUCUAUUUAAUAUUGUGAUAGCAUAAAUAUAUUCACAGUUUAAUAAUUCCUUUGUACUUGUAAGGACUAGAAUAAUAAUUCUGAAAUGUUCCGGUGCCGAAGCUUUAUAAACGAAUUUUUUUAAAAAAUUGAUGCCUUAUAUUCACCCACAUAAGAGGGGCAUUGUUACUGUUAAAAUCCUAAAUAAAAAUUUCCAACAUCAAA